AUGGCGGCGGCAGCAAUGCCUGCAGCGGAAGCUGUGCAAAGCCUGGCGGCUCAGCUGCCCUGCGGACUGGACGAGGCCGCCGCCUCGCAACGCCGGGAGCUCUUCGUCUCCUUUGACCCGAACGGCAACGCCAUCCUGUCUCUUGCAGAGGUUGAUGAUGGGCUGAAGAAGUUGCUGCCCUGCCCGUUGCCACGAGAGGUGGUGGCUCGUGCCUUCCAUGCAGCCAAAGCCAUCUCGGCGCCUGUUGCAGCCUUCAGCAACGACUACAUCGACGAGAAGGAGUUCCACUACUUCGUGCAGUACUUGCAUCAUUACCUGCAGCUCUGGUCCUGGUUCUGCGAGGUGGACACGAGCUGCGAUCAACGAGUCAGCAUAGAGGAGUUCCGGGCGGCACUACCGCAGCUCAACGAGCGGCUGCCUGGUGACCUCAGCGACGCAGCAGAAGCUUUCAAUGAGGUCGACGCAGAUGGUGGAGGCAUGGUCUUGUUCGAUGAGUUUGCCCACUGGGUCCUCUGCCGUGGCCUGGCACUUCAGGGACCAGGCGACGAAGGCCUGGAGCGCCAGCAUGCCACAGAGCUGCUGAGGCAGAGGCCGAACUUGGCAUCUGCAGACGGUGAAAGGAGGGGUGCAAGCCGCGGCAGAUCUGGACGAAGGCCGCUGCAGCGGCCAAGUGCAGGCCCGAAUCUGCCACGAGAGUUCCGAGAACUGCGGCGCCAAGUCGGGCCAGCCGUUCUGAAAGGCCAAGGCCACGCGCAGCUCGAGCAGAAGCUCGAACUGCGCAGCACGCCCACUCGUUCGGUUCCCGCAAUCUCUGGGAAGAAUCUCCAGCGGCGGCGCUCGCACGUGGAAGACAUUCUGGUGCGAAAUCUCAGGCGAUUCUCGCAGGUUCAGAACUGUGUGCAGGCGGAUCACAUCAUUGGCCAUGCCUGCGCGAUCGUCGGAAAUCUGACAUGCUGGGAAUCUGUGCAGGAGCUGGACGAAGGUAAGACUGCAAUGCUCGAGAACGAGCUGGUGCGUGCCCAAAGAGAGGCGCAGCGGAGACUGGACGAGGCUACGAAAAAGCAGGCCCCAAAGUGGAGCCAGCUGCGAGAUGAUGCAGAGGGCCUGCUGUGGCUGAUGGGUGGCUAUGCCUGGGCCGCAAGAGGUGGAGAGACUGCUGCUGAGUCGUUCUGCCAGCAGAAUAAGAUCAACCCCCGUCAAAUGGCGGAGGCCCACAGUCUCAUGCAGCAGCUAGCGGAAUUGCUGCAGCGCAGGCUUAGCUUAUCGGAGACGGAACUGGAGUUGCAGUUACCGCUUCUUCCAAAGCCACCCAGUGCACAACAGGCUUUGCUCCUUCGCGAGUGCAUCGUCGAGGGCCUGCUGGACCGGGUCGCUGUCGCCUGUCCCGAUCUAGGCAAUCGUGCCUACAUCUGUGCUGAUCUGGGUCGGGAGCAUCCGGUCUUCAUCCACACAUCGUCCAAUGCUUUCAGACACAGGCCCCACCCUUCCGUGUUGGUCUUCAACGAAAUCAUAUCCACCCACAAACACUUCAUGAGGGACUGCGUCACGGUGGAUCCGUUGCAGCUGGCGAAGCGCGCCGCUGCCGGUGGCUGCCCUUUGUUGCAGCUCGGAGAGUUCCUCCCCGUUCCAGGACCUCGAUACCUGUCAGAGCAGGACAAAGUGCUUGCUUUUGCCAGCCCGUUGUAUGCUCCACUGUCGUACUCGCUGCCGACAGUGGAGGUGGACGUGCCGUCCGAGUCGAACUUUCGCUACAAGGUUUUUGCCAAGGCGCUGCUGGAAGGUGCAGUGGUCCGGGGUCUGCCAUCUCAGGACAAGCUGCUGGCGCGCCCUUCCUUGCUUUUGCAUGCCCCGACCAAUCCGAGAGUGUCCGCUAUGGUGAGCCCACUCUGGCAGUUUCGGGUGGGGUCGCGUCGCCAACUCAUCACGAAGUGGAGGAGCGACCGGCGAUUCCUUCUGGAAGGCUAUCUUAAGUGGCUGCCGUCGUCGAUGCACGAUGAUGUGCGUCUGGCGUGGCCUCCUCUGGGCAAAAGCUGA